AUUAUCCGGCAGGAGCUAGAAACGCAUCACGAAACACGAACCCAAAGCAUACAAGUCCAGUGACGCUCUCGCAAACAACGCGCCCGCUCCAACGCAGGGAAGCCAAACGACACAUCACAUUGCAAUUAAAACCGUCUACAGCUCCUGUAGACUGCCUCUGCUUCUAUCAACCUAUCAAACGUCGUAUUUCAAACCUAGCAGCGUCCAUCCGUGUCUCUCCAAGUCCUGUGCUUGCGUAUCCGUGGCUGUGUGUGUGUGUGUGCGCGUGGUUGUUCGGCAUCAAUCCAGUUUAGUGGCGCGUUGAUUGUGUUCAUCCCUUUAAACCCUUCGCUGUGUGAGUGUGCGAACAUAGUUUCAACAUGAGUAUGCCCGAUGUUGUCGACAUUAGAAAUGAAAUAAACAAAGAGCAUGUGCGGGAGAGCUUGGACCGGAACGGCGACGAGCAACAGCUGGUGCAGGACGUAAACGAUGCGCUCGGUACGCGCAAGGGCCACGAUCCCACUAACCAUCUCGUGCGGGCGCGGAUGCCCGUCGAGCGGUACGCGUGCGAUUACAACAUGAACCACAAGCGGCGCGGGCUGGCGCUCAUUUUCAACCACGAAAACUUCGACGUGCCGCAGCUCCGGUCGCGCGCCGGAACGAACGUGGACUGCGAGAACCUGACCGCCUCGCUCAAGGGUCUCGACUUCGAGGUGCACGUGUUCAAGGAUCUGAAGCUCCGCGACCUACAGAAGGAGGUCGAACGAGUUUCACAGAUGGACCAUAGCGACGCGGACUGCCUGCUGGUGACGAUCCUGUCGCACGGCGAGCUCGGCUACCUGUACGCCAAGGACUGCCAGUACAAGCUCGACACGAUCUGGACGUACUUCACGGCCAACCACUGCCCGUCGCUCGCCGGCAAGCCGAAGCUGUUCUUCAUACAGGCCUGCCAGGGCGACCAGCUGGACGGUGGUGUGGUGCUCGAGGCGAAGGAUCGCACCGAAACGGACAGCUCCUCCUCGAUGCUGACGUUCAAGAUACCGAUGUACGCUGACUUCAUGAUCGCCUACUCGACCAUACCCGGCUUCUACUCCUGGCGCAACACGCAGAAGGGCUCCUGGUUCAUCCAGUCGCUCUGCCACGAGCUGAACCAGAACGGCCGCAAGUACGACCUGAUGGUGCUGCUCACGUUCGUCACCCAGCGCGUCGCGUACGAUUUCGAGUCGAACACGCCGGACAUACCGAUGAUGCACCAGCAGAAGCAGAUCCCGUGCACCACCUCGAUGCUGACCCGUUUGGUGUACUUCAAUCAGAAGAAAUAGUGCUAGAGGGAAAACUGGGAGCAACUAUGAGCAAGUGUUUUCUUUUUUUUUUCAAAUUCAUUGCUCUUGUUCAUUUUUAUUGAUGUCAGUCACUGCUGAAGUUUAAAGGAGUUUUUCUUUUUGUUUCUUAUCAGUUCCCAUUCCACGACCUUUAUUUUUUUUCGUUUGGAGGCCGUUGUGGGGGUCUAAAGCCCUACCCAAAAACACACUUUGGCGCUACAUUUCCCACGGUCUUAUCACCGUAAACAUUUACUUCAACUUUCCCAAUACUUCUAAUACUCGUCUAGACGCCCGCGCUGUCGCCCAAAUACAGUCGUAUCUCGGGGGACACCUGUAUUUCAAUCUCCAAUUCCAUGUACGUAACAAAGCAACACAUGCGCGUGCCACGUGUGAGCGGAAUUUUUAGUUUAGAGGCUGCUGUUAUUUUCACACUUUACCUUUUGGUUUUAUCCCACCCCAGGUGAUGGGCUUAGGAAUCGAAUUGAUCUCCCCUAAAUUAAUGUUUGCACUAUAACAGCCUACAAUUCCUUUGCACGAAAGCAAAUCGCUGCGCAACGUAGUGUUUAGGCUAGCUUCGUAGCGGAAUUUUUAACAUUUUAAAGACGCACGACGGAAUCCGACGGAAGUCAAUUUUGCGCCGUGCUAGUGAAUUUUUCCGUUUACUUAACAUUCUUUACUUUAGUAGAAAUUACUCUAGUUAUCAUUUAAAUAUGCUACAACAACAACAAAAACUAUGAAAACGAUCACUUUAACUACGCAAAGAGAAAUACACAUAAUCGUAAGAGAUAGAGAUAGCAAGCUCUCGUGGAAGCGGCAUACCUAUCGUCGGAACAGCAAAAUAUCGUCUAAGCAGCAUACGAUGGUUGUAUGGAGUGAUGAUUCGGUGUAAGUGAUUUUUUUUUCUAAAAAAAGGUACUCAAUUUGAAACCUUUAAAUCGUCAAAGACAAAAAACAGCCAACAAAUCUAACCUCUCAAGUAGCGCAAGCGAUAGGCGAUACAAAACAGGAAGGAAAGUUAUUGUGCGCGCGACCAGUUUGCACACACACACAGCACAGGAACAAAAUCGCAAAUAUCUACAAAUUUAUCCAAGUUAUAAAGAAGAAGUGCCCAAUGAAUGAUUGGGGAAAGGUGGGAGGAGGAGGAGAAGGAUAAAACUAUUUUUUUAAACAAAAUCGAAAUCGAAACGUGAUAAAAAUGGAACUAAAAUUUAGAAUGAAACAAAACCAUAAAACAAAACGCAAGCAUAUUUACACCAUUAGUUAGGGCUAGGGCAGAUUCCUCAUACCGGGGCUGUACGCUGUGUACGCGGUAGCACGGAAGGGUACAGAGAGAGAGAGAGAGAAUGAGUUCAAGAUUUCUUACACAUUUAGGAUUAAGCAAAAACACACAAACAAAAAAAUGCAUAAAAUACAUU